AUGAGUUUGACACAUUUCCUUCUCCUAACAGUCCUUGAUUUUGUAGCAGUUUACUUUAACAUGCGGAUGCUAACAUACUGCUUCAAAGACAAAACGAAAUACAAGUUUCUUCAAAAGUGUAGAGGAUUGUCCAUUUUCCAGUGUGCUUGCCAGUUUGUGAUUGUGAUCACGGGAGCAGUUGAUUCGUGGCGGAUUUUCAACGAUCGUAGUUACAAUCCAGGACAACCGUGUAAUGUUGUCAAACUGUUUUCGAUUUCUUUCACGUUCGUUCAGGCCUGCAACUUGACAGCGAUUCUGUGCAUUGAUUCUGAACAUCCACUGGUCACAUUUCGACACCAAGACAGAUGUUCAAAACUGAAAAUAGCAGCAGCAGUGACUCUUGGGUUGAUUGGCUCCUCGAUGAUUUGGUGGUUUAGUUGUUUUCCUCAUUAUUAUAUUUCAGUAACGGUAUUCAUCACCGUCCGAUUUAUUUUCGUUGCGUUGUUCAUCAUUCUGUUGUUGGCUGCGGGUUUCAAAUAUCUCAAAGACGACUUCGAGGACACUACUUCAAAAGUUUUUAUAGACUGCGAGGUGCUGUGGAACAUUUGCAAGGAAAACAAACGGCCCACUUUAUUUAUAGCUACGUUACUUCUGUGCUUGGUGAUGGUUCUCAGCGGCUUUCUUCUCGAUCGAGAAAAACAUGCAUUGAUGGUCACAAAUUCUGAAAUUAUUUACGAUUUCAUCAUGAGGUUUGUUGUGGGAAUUAUUUUGCCUGUUACAUUCAGUGACUUAAUUGAACAGUCCAGCUUUGACGAUGAAAAGGAAACCACGAUUGUUUAA